AUGUACUCCAAGCGCGCGUUCGUGCAUCGGUGCCUCAGAGAGGGUGGGGAGGAGGGCGAGUUCGCAGAGGCCUACUUCAACGUCGCGAAUUUCUUCAGCAAGGCUUGCCUCCGCUUCCGAGGGCCCCACCAAGACAGCCUGCAGGCCAUCCAGACGCUCAGGCACACGGUCCUGGAGGACUUGGAGAGGGUGAUUCAGAACUCCACGGCCAUCACCACCGUCGUGGGCUUGUUCCUGAACGUGGAGCGCCUCGAGGUGGGCGGCCAGCAGGAGGUGGCCCACAACAUGGUCACCAGGGCCAGCCCCAUCACGGCCGAGCUGGUUCAGUGUACCCUCGGCAGCCCGCGCCAUCCUGUCACCAUAUUCCUCACGACGGUGACGUGA